AUGGUACACACGAAUAAGGAGCGGCGCAUCCCACUUUCCCCACAACCAGCUGGCCACGGGACGCCCUCACCCAGGAGCGGAGGAGAGGCAGUNCUGCCCCCGCUGCCCGCGCCAGGAAAUGCCAGUGAGUCGGAGGAAGACCGCAGUGCCGGCAGCGUGGAGAGCCAGGCCAUUCCCAGUACACACCGGGUGCCUGACACCAAGUUCCACCUCCCCCACGCCAAGAUAGACGUGAUCAAGAAAGGCCAUGCCAAGGACAGCCAGCGCUAUAAAGUCGACUACGAGUCUCAGAGCACCGACACCCAGAAUUUCUCCUCCGAGUCCAAGCGGGAGACGGAAUACGGUCCCUGCCGUCGAGAAAUGGAGGACACAUUGAAUCACCUGAAGUUCCUCAAUGUGCUGAGUCCCAGGGGUGUGCACAUUCCAAACUGUGACAAGAAGGGAUUUUAUAAGAAAAAGCAGUGCCGCCCUUCCAAAGGCAGAAAGCGGGGUUUCUGUUGGUGCGUGGACAAGUACGGGCAGCCUCUGCCAGGCUACGAUGCCAAGGGGAAGGAGGAGGUGCAGUGCUACAGCAUGCAGAGCCAGUAGACGCUGCUGAAUUCACGUGGAGCUCAAAUGCGCCUUAUUUUGCACAAAAGACUGCCAAGGACAUGAUCAGCAGCUGGCUGCAGCCUCGAUCUAUAUUUCUUUUUGUGGUGAACUGAUUUUUUUUAAAAAACCAAAGUUUAGAAAGAGAUUUUUGAAAUGCGUAUGGGUUCCUUCAAAUGGUUAACUUGAGCAUCUUUCCAUUUCCCAGUAGUCAGUGAAAAGCAGUUUGAAUUUUCAUGUCAAUUCCUAUAAAAUACUCACAACUUGGAGCACGGCGCCAUGGACUUCAUCCCCUUGUGGAGUCCUCCCGAGAUGGCUGAUCCAGUGACUUGUGACACAGGCAGCUGUGUUGUUUGCAUAGAGUUCACGCUUCACCCACAUUUUUCUGUAAAAUGAGCACAGGCCUUCUGAAGAACAGGAAAACCCUUAAACGCCCAUCGUCCAGACAUCCUGAGCACCUCCUGGAGGUCCCAGCCUUCUGUGGCGCCAUCUUUAAAGCAAGGGCCUGGGUCCCUCAACCAAGAAGAUUGUUUCCAUCUUCAAGUGAUCUGUACUGCAUGGGGACUGUUGGACAGAGCAAGGUGGAGUAGUAUUACUUGUAAAAAAAAAUAAAAAAUAACAAUGACCAAGAAUGUUCUAGAGCACUCUGGGAAUCUGGAAAGGCAGGUAUUUCUGAUCCUCCUUUGUCAGGCAGCUUCCCAAAAAUGUGGCCCAGUCGAAGGCCCAAGUGGCCUUUGCUGUGGUGUCCCACAGGGCAGGAGGGGCAGGGGACCAUGAGAGACAGCCUUUGCAUUCAGAGGCAUUACAAAUAAUGGCAUGGUUUGUCUGACGACUGCAGAAAACAGCGUUUUCUGGUUCAACAACUCAAGACAAAGUUUAUUGUUGAGGAUAAACUCUUUAAGGGCAACAGUUUGUUCUCAUCUCUCACCUUUUGUCCUCCUAGGCGCAAUGUAAAAAAGAAUAAUAAUAUCUAAAUAGGAAAGAUGAAUGGCUUUUGGGGGAGCCCAUCAAGGACACUGGGAACACAUAGAGAAUUGCCGGUGUUUGUUGAACUUGGAGUUGUUCUCAUACUUUUCUUUGUAAUUCACACAUAUAUGCAGAGAAGAUACGUUCUUAAUGGAUUGUAACAUUGUAUACAACAUAGCCCAAAUAUAGUAGGAUCUAUACUAGAUAAUCCUAGAUGAAAUGUUAGAGAUGUAGAUGAUAUAACUACGGCCUCAACCAGGGAAAGGAGCUCGUGCCCAGAGGCUGGGCUGCUCUCCCGGAGGCCAAAUCCAAGGAGGUCUGGUGACAGGCACGGGGAGACUCUGCCCUGCCCUCCCGCAGCCCGGGGUAUGAACGCACGCUGCACAGAGCUCUCCUUGAGAACGCAAAGGGGUCUCAAGACAUUCUGCCUUCCUAUUAGCUUUUUCUUUAUUUUUUUAAUUAAGUUUUUGGGG